AUGAUGGAUGAGUUGGAGGAGAAGUUUGGCUCUCAUAUGCGUUUGUCUGACAAGGAGCGUGGAGGGCUACGAAUUGAGGAUGGGGAGAGUAUUGAUGUAUUAAAGGGGUCUCAGUACACCCUGGUGGCAAAGGUUUUUACUCAUAAGGCAGUCCAUAGGGAAGGCUUUAUUGGGGUGUUCUCUCGACUGUGUCGGGGUAUGGAUGGUGUUUCUAUCAAGGAGAUUGGUCUUCGCACCUUCUUGAUCAGGUUUAUGAGUCGGCAAGACAAGUUGCAGGUCCUGGAUAUGGAGCCAUGGACUUACAGGGAUAAUUUAGUUUUGUUGGCGGAGACCCGACCGGGAACAGAUGCGCGUAUGGUUGACUUGACAACAGCGGUGUUUUGGACCCAAAUCCACGGAGUUCCGCUAUUUAACAUGACGACUGCAGUGGCUAGAAAGAUUGGCUCUUUAAUAGGGCAGAUACUGGAAGUGGAUCAGGUUGAAGGAGAAGAGUGUAUUGGACGCUUUCUAAGGGUUCGGCUCCGUUUGGUAGUGGAACAACCCCUUAUGCGAGGAUCCUUCAUUGAUUUCCUGGACGAAGGCUUAAAGUGGGUGACCUUUAAGUAUGAAUUUCUUCCUGAGUAUUGUCUCAUAUGUGGAUGUCUGGGGCAUCCAAGUAGAAGCUGCGUGGAGAAGUUGGAUGCCAUGCAUGACGCACCGGAAUCCUUACAAGAGUGUCUGUUGGCCUUCACUGGAUUGGAUGCGAGUGAGGACCUUAGGGGUCGUCAAUUACGAACGACUAGACGUAAAUCUUCUAAAAAGCAAAGAGAUAACGGCGGAGGGCAUCAGGUUAAUAGUGAUAAUUGGAGGUCUGGCCAGGGGGGCGAUUCAGUGGACUCUACCUCGACACCAUGUCGGCCUAUGCCAGUCGGGUUCUCCUUAAUGGAAAAGAUUAGAGCAGAGCGAGAAGAUGAGGACCGGUUUCGGCAGAUGAGGGAAACGGCGUGGGAACUGGGUUUAUUGGGACAUGGGACUGUUGGGCAGCAAAGGGAGAAUUCCACGGAUACCAGGGUGCCCGAUGGACCCUCCAACAGUUCCACACUAGGAAAGGAAUUUCGAUGCUCUGAUGAAGAUGGGCGUGCUAUUGAUUUAAACGCUGUGACUGGACCACUUCACAAUGACUUGGAAGGGGGCGAGUUGGUGAACACUAAUGGGGAAGGCUCUCUAGCUGCCAUGUUGGUGGAGCAGGCAUCACAGGGACUGCUGACCCAAGAUUCUGACCCUUUCAACCUUGGGCCUCUUAUUUGUAACUUGCAACAAGGUGUUGUACACGGUGGGCAUUUGCAUGGCAAAAUGGGACGCAAUGAGACUGAGAUCAUCAGGGCAGAUAAAAAAGUCUGUAGAAAGAUUCCUUUGACCUUAGAAGAUGGAGGAGGAGAGGAACGCAGUCCGAAUCGGAGUUUUUGGGCAACUAAUCAUUUGGAACAGGUGGAGGAGACCAGCCUUAAUGGGUCUCCACGGGCGUUAUGA